GAGGUCAAAUAAUACACUAAAGUAUUAGCAUGGGUUUGAAACAAGUGUCCUUUGUAGAGAGGUCGUCCCUAUCUCGGAGGUCAAAUAAUACACUAAAGUAUUAGCAUGGGGUUGAAACAAGUGUCCUUUGUAGAGAGGUCGUCCCUAUCUCAGAGGGUCCCUUAUCAGAGGUUCCACUGUACAUAGAUGGUGGUUGGGAGAGAGGAAAGGAGAGAGAGGGACGAAAAAGUCUCUUGGAAACAGUGUUUUCAGAAAAGCCUCAGAGAAAACCAUUACAUCAUUAGGGACAACACGUGAAGCUCAAACACUAUUUCCCCACAUUCCCCAUCCCUACUACACUGACUAUAUAUGAACAACAGUAGAGAGUGGCAGGUUGUGAUUACACCGAGGGCUAAGGAAAAGACUGAGAUGUCACCAAAAAGUAAUGCAAGCAUAUUAUUCACUGACAUUUGUGCAUAGUUUGAACACAUCAAGAAGGCAUUAUGAACCUCGCAACACAGUAUGCAUAAGGUUCCAUUUCCACUUGAUAUGUACAGGUGUUUUGAAACUGGUGUGGACAUGUUUCAUCAACGAGGUCAAGGCAAACGCAAACAACACAACCUAGGACAACCCCUUCUUCCAUGGAAAAAAAGCUUUCCUAGGUGGGAUUCGAACCCACAACACCCAGCACUCCAGACGCGGGCAGACUCCACAUACUGUACAUGCAUACAAUGCCAGGGAUGCAAUAAGCAGCUACGUCCAGGUUCGCCUCAUGUGCAUAAACCUCCCUUAUAUGCACGUGCAGUGCUUUGUGCCUUUGCCUUACAGCAUGUGUCUUGUGUCCAUAAAGGUUUGGGAGGGAGACUU